UCUUGUUUGUACUCAAUAGAUAUGCAAUAAUAUGAAAAGACAUGGUUGGACCAAGGAAUGGGACGAUGUUGGUCAAGUGCCUUAUGCAUAUCAUGAGGAUCAAUGGGUUGGUUAUGAAGACGAAGAGAGUUUAAUGAUUAAAAUGAAGUUGAUUAAAGAUGAAGGUUAUGGUGGAGCCAUGAUAUGGUCAAUAGACAUGGAUGACUUCAAUGGAGAGUGUGGUAAUAAAAAUGCUUUACUUCAAGUGAUUAACGAUAAUCUCAAAUGUUGAACUUGCAACUUCAAUUGCAUGCAAGAACUCACUAGAAGUCAUCAUCAAUACCAUCAUCAUUAUACAAACACCGUUUUAAUUCCCAUUAAUGGAUGCAUUUCCAGUCCAGCAGAUUGUAUUGAUGCAUCAUGAGCAUGUAUUUCAUUUGAGGAGAGCGAUGAGAUCAUAAUUAAAGAGAAAGUUUGUGAAUAAAAAAUGUUUGGAAGCUGAUAA